ACAACAACGCUACCGGCAACAAAAAGAGCAAAUAGAAAGAGAACGAAGCGGUUCUACGAAUGAUCAGCAUAUCAUCUGGAAUAAAUUCAUCCCAUCUAGACCUCAGGGGUGAUUCUCAUUUCAAUUUGUUCCGUCACCGUCAGAUGCAACAACAGUCAAAUGCAAUCAACCCAAAAUCAACACAUAAUCAACUUAAUCAAAGAGGCUUAAGCACGUCGGUGUUUAAUUUACAUCAGGCUCCACCCCGCAAAUCCUCAAUUAUUGAAAACGGAUGGGUUAACAACCCUAUGCAGCAGGCUCAAUCCAUGGCCCAGUUAAAUUGUGCUAAUUGCACCGGUUUUGCUCAACAGCCGCAGUGGAUUCAAACCCCACCUGUAAUGCCUAUACCAAACCAAGAUCCUUGGGGCAAUCAGCUAAAUUCUCAUCAGCAUUUAAACCGCUCAAAUUUAUCGCUUAAUAUACCAUCCGCCUAUAUGAUGCAUUCCGCUCAUCAGAAUAUGUAUCCACCGCCAGUUUUCAUGAACCAAAGAAAUCUGCUGGCCAAUAUGUACCCACAAGCGUACAUGGAACCCCAAAAUCAAGGCCUGAUCGGUGUGCCACCUCCAAUAUCCCGAGUUAUUUCUCGACCAGGUUCCCGCAUGGCUUCGCCGGCCUUAAGCCGCCAAUCCGUUACGUUAAGACGUAAACAGCGUGCUGCUUAUUUCGACGAUGAACCGACUGACGAUGAAGAUUCGGAUGAAGAUGAUCGUCGGUCCUUAGUUUCUAAUCGAUCUGGCGUUUCCCGAACUCGUCAAAAACGUCUUUCAAACGUUUCGCAAAUACCUCAACUAGAGGACGAUUUUAGCUCUUCAAAUGCUCGCAAUCAACAUCGUAUGCGUGUUAGAGAACAAAGGCGUGGUUCGACCACCAGACUGCAGCCAAUACAAAACGACUGGGCAUCUAACAGAAGAGCUUCCACAAAUAAUGGACGUUCAGUGGAUUCGGGCUUUAAUAGUCCUUUAAAAUCUUCACGCAUUUACUCUGACUUAGACUCUGAAGGAUCCGGUACAAGAGCUUUAGUUCAGGCUAAAAUUGAGCAGAAACUUAAGGAAGACGAAUCUCUUAAACAAAAACAAAGUAAGACUAAACGACGCACCAGCAAUUCUCCAUCGCAAAAAUCGACGAAGCAGACGACAGCAGUACAAACUCCAGCAGUUAAAAGCAAAAUUAAAGAGGAUUCACAUGAUACCCAAGAACGUCAAAAUAAAGAAGAAGAAAAUCAUUCAGAAGUUCCGUCAAGUAAUCAUAAUGAAAGCGAAAGUCAAUCCACGCAUCAAGAGGAAGACACUAAAUCACCGAUAGAAACAGAAGACGCGGAUAAAAUUUCAUUGGGUCCACCACCAUCCACGCCCGAUCAUGAGUGGGAAUGCGAAUUUUGCACAUUUGUUAAUGAGCCAAACAUUAAAAUCUGUUCCAUAUGCUGUAAGACGCCAAGCACUAAGCCCAACAAAGCCCAAGACGAAAGUUCUUCACCUCCAAAGCAAACAAUGAAUUCGUUAAGCAGGAAAGAUUCUGAAAGAGAGAAUACAAUUAAAAAGAAAAGCGAAAGCACUGAAAACAACACUACAAAUUUAAUAACCGACGUAAAUUCUUUGAAAAUCAAUGCUAAAAAUUUAGACGAGACUGAUACCCUUAACAAGAAAGAAUCGAUAGAAGAUAUAUGGGCCACAUUAGAUGAAAAUAUACAAACUACUGCCCAAAAAAUCAAAAGCAAAGUUGAAUCUCAAAACAUUCAGAAGGUUUCCGUAGGAGCCGGUACGCCCUCUAAACGAGAAAACAUAGAAAAAUCAAAGGCAUCACCAACGCAAUUGCAAAACACCUUUGUACAAGCACACGAUGACCCCACUCAUCGAACUUCUGAAAACCAUAUUGUCUCUCAGCUACAAAACCCAAUUUCUUCGAAGCCGACAUUUAACGAUACGAUACAGCAUCCAAUCAAAGUGAAUUCUAUACCUAAAACUACAUCCAGUUUUAAUGACUACAAUUCCUUUGAAGCGGAAGUUUUAUCCAACAUACAUCACAACAUUCAUACACCCAAUCCUCAUCCUCAUAUGUCCUAUGCACGUAAUGAUCGCCAGCGUUAUCUUAGUACCACCGACUUGCGUUCCGACGAUUUAAUACCAACGGAUAUCGGUGGAGUUAAUGGCUUAAGAAGACGGCAGCCAUCCAUUAAUGAUUUAAUGCUGAUGCAAAGAGGCUCAUCACAAUUGUAUUCUCCCACGCCCAGUUAUAAUUUUGACCCCACAUAUCCUGACUUGGAUAGCCAAUAUGUGACAAAAGAAGCAGAUCUUUAUAAGUAUACUCCGGAGGAAUUAAAUGCCGCUCUCAAAUAUUGCGGUCCAGAUACAAAUCCACUUAUCUGGUUACGCGAUCAUUGGCCCAAACUUAUAACCACUGUCCAAACUUUGGCCACAAAAUAUGGACAGGAGCGGGUCGAAAAUACCAUCGGUACUAUUUCUCAAGUGGAAGCUAGAGAUGCUCUUCGCCUGCAUACCGGAAACAUAUGGCAAGCGGUUUCUGAGUGCAUCGAACAACGUCAACGAAAAUAUCGGCAAAUUGCGAGCAAAGGAAACUUUUCCCGCGAAGAUAUCGUUACGGCUCUUACUAUUCAUCAAGGCAAUGAAGAAAUUGCUGUAAUGGAUCUCAGUCGCACUCAAUUGAAACCAUUUCUAAUGAGAAUAUGGGGCUCACCAAGUGGAGUAGAAAAUGAAAGCAUUGCGAUACCAAACAAUCAGUCAAAUGAUCAGAUGGUAUCAUCUAAAACAUCAUCCUAUUCUAUUAGAAAAGACAUUCAUGAUUUCUUGAGCGCUAAUGCUUCUGAUUGCAUGCAAAUUCCAAAUGCGACUGGAGCUUAUCUCAUCAAUAAUCAAAGUUCAUCCCAACCUCACAACUCUUCAUCAGUAUUCAGCUCUUAUGAAAAUGAUAACAAUUUGUCCGAUAACAUAUCCAAUUACAGUGCAGACAAAAAAAACUUAAUUCCCAGCUAUCCACUUCAAAUUGACGAAUCGAUCUUGAGCAACAAGAGUAUAUUGAAAGAUCUUGAAACAUUAAUUGGCAACAUGGAACUACAACAACAAAAGCAAAGUGAACAAGUUCUACAAUCUACCCAAGCGGAAAAUGACUUUGAUCCAGAAAUUAUGCGAGUUUUGGUGAAAAGCCCAAUUGCCGCUCCUAAAGUAAAAAUACAACCUGUUACCGUCGAAGAUCGCAAGCAAGUCGAUAUUAAAAAUUUCAUGUGGGAACACAUCCAAGAAAUAAUGCCAAACCUGGUUCAACAGGUCGAAAAGGAAUUAAUGGAUGAACCAGAUGAUCCAGGAAAGUCAGACAGAAACGUAAUACAUACACAAAACACAUCAGCCCAACUGACUCGUCCUCCACCGCCUGUAGAUCACGACGAGUUCCUAAUGGAAGAGGUUAUUAAGCCGGGGCUGAAAAACGCUUCCAUUAAAGAAGAAGUACCUCCUCAAUAUGUGUAUGUCGCUGAAAUUGCUACCUUCAAAAUGGAAUUCGAUAAGGCCUUAGAAAAAAUAUAUGAGACCGAAACUGAGUUCGACUCUUUGAAAAAUUGUGAACGAGUAAUUUUUAAAAUGUAUAAAGCGCCCGAUUAUGAAAAUUUUGGCGAAGAAAUACAUUCAGAAAUGGAAGCGAGUCUGGGAACUUACGAACUUAAGACAGAUAGCAAUAUCUCAAACAAUGGGCUAGAGAUUCCCAAAACGAAUAAAAUUACAGCACCUCUCAAAAAAGAAGACGGACUUAUGAGUUUAACGGAAGCAGAUACGCCAAAGGACAUCAAUAGAACAAAAUCAAGUUCAGCAAUUCCUAUUAGUUCAGGGCGGAAAACACCGCUAUUUGAUAGAUUGUCGCAUAGCUUAACGCCUGAACCUUCGGGCCAUAAGCUAUCUCUUAAAAAGUUUCCCAUUAAUAAAACAACGGACAUGUCCGAAGAAUUGCAGCAAAUUUUGAUAACGACAAGAAAGGAACAGCAAUCAGUGAUAUCUGCCGAUGAAGCCGCAACGACAGAUAUUAGGAUGAACUCCAACACAGAUGUGCAACCUGUGAAACUAAAGACCAACAAUAUUAAAAGCUCAAAAAUACCUAUACGAAGCUUUACUAGUUCAAAGUCGAAAUCUGAUGAAAAUGAACGAAAAACCGAUUUGAAAAGUAAUGAAGUAACCACAAACUCUAUUGAAGAAGUGCAAAAGGGAUUUCAACUAAUCUCGAAUGAAUCGCAGAAGCCAACCUAUGAAAUAAAUAACAAUGAGCCAAUAGCAACAGAUGAGGACGAAGUUUACAGUAUUAAAAGUGAAAUCUCCUCAACUGGCGAUUUGUCGCAGUUUGAAGACAAUACUCAAUCGCCUACGACAGUUGAUAGUGAAAUGUUUCUUAUGAUACAAGACGAACAAACUGCAAACAGUACGGAAGGUACCAGUCUCGUUGCUUCCACUAGUAAUUCCACUUUACAUUCUUUGGCAAGUUAUUCAUCCGGCAAGCAAGCUUCAAGUGAAUUUCUACCCUCUGGAGAUCCUUCAAAGCAAAAUCUUUCAGAAUUGGUAAAGGAUACUCAAAGACUGAUUAAACAAAUGAAGGAUGAGAUAAGCAUUGCUGAUUUUGAAUCUUCAGGGAGCAGUGAAGACGAUUACACUGACGAUUAUACAGAUGAAUAUGAUGAUGGCGAAGGUGAGGAGGAGCUUGGAGAGGAAGAGGAAGGUUGGGAAGAUGAAGACGAAUAUGAAAGGGAAGAAACCACGGAAAAUGUAAAUGAAGACAAUAUUGACAAAGGAGAUGAAAGUGAAAUAGAAAAUAUGACCUCCCCGUUACUAGAAGAGGAAGAAACGGUUAUCGAUAGCUCUCUUAAAUCUGUUCGUAGCAGUUCAGCUCUGUCAAGUAUUCUGGAACAAUCACCCUCACCUAAUGAGUCCAUUGCACAUACUCUUAAAAGUCAUACUCCAAAUGAAGAAAGUCAGUUGGCACUCUUUAAUAGCGCAUCUCCAGUCCCUUCCAGAUCUCAAUCACAAUCUUCUACAAAUGAUUUACACAAUCAAGAACUUGCCACUACAGCAAGCCCAAGUGAAACACAAGAUUUAAAUGUCAAACCUACUAAUGUAACUUCAGAAUCUUACCUAGAAACGGAAAAUACUAUACCGGAAAUGCCAGUAGAAUAUAGUUUCAAGAAAUUAGAUGAACCUGUUGAAAAUGUCGCAAUCCUUCUUUCCGCAGACUUAGCGGACCAAACGCACUCGUAUGUAGAAACGGAAAAUAAUACGCCUGAAGUUCCAAUGGAAGCUUUAUUAAAUUUAGAACGGAGUUCACAUGAAACUUCUAAGGCUAAAGAAGACAUAACCGUUCCUACGAAAUAUGCUGACAAUAAAUCUGAAAAAUCAAAGUAUGAAUCAACAACUAUAGAGGACGAUCAACCUUCAACUAGUAAGGCAGCUAAAAAGAAAUUAGCUAAAGUGGAAGCUGCUGCACAAACAAAAACCGGAAUAGUAUAUAGUCCUUCAACUACAGCAACUAGAUCAAAAAUUUCUGAGCAAACAAAACUCCUAGGAAGUGAUGAAAUAAAAGCACAAAACAAAAAAGCAGUGGUGCCAAGUAAAAUCCCAAAGCCUCAAGAUAACAAAGUUAAAGAACAAAAAGAUUUAAAAAAGAAAAUAAAUACACGAUCUAAGUCAUUUUCUGGACCACCUACGACACCAAUUGGCAUCACCUCAGUAAAAACGUUACGACAAGAAAUACUGAAACAAACCCGUCAAACUCCUGCUACUCCUCUGCAGAGAAAUCCUCCACCACCGUUAAUAAGAAAAAAAUCUAUAACUGAGGUCAUAAGCAAACUCACUAAGCCCACCGCCUUAGAAUUGACUAGCAGUCAUUUAUUUAAGCCACGAACUCAACCACGUAUACCGAAAAAGAAAUACCAUGAAACCUGUUUUUCAGACGACGAUUACGAAUCUUCGGAAUCAGCUGAUGAGGAGCCUGAGCCUUUAGAAAUAAGACAACGUAAGCUUAGUGUGCCCGUAUUUCGACCUUAUCCGAACGUCCAGCAACCAGAAGAAAUCAAAACAGAGGAAUUGAUUAAAAAAUUUGUAGAAGAGCAAUUAGUAUCUAAUUUAGCAGAAGCUCAAAUAGCUGCUGCUCUAAUUUCAAUGAAAUUCCAACAAGAUGUGUCGAUAUGGGCUGCGAAAGAAUGCAGUGACCUGGAUCAUGCCAUUGGUCUACUACGUCAAGAGUGUGAACUAUGCAGCGGUACUUUUGCCCUUAACGAAAUUGUCUCCAUGCUAAAAUGUACACAUAAAUGUUGCAAAGGAUGCGCCAAAAAAUACUUCACAGUACAGAUUACCGAACGCAGCAUUAACGACUGCAACUGCCCAUUUUGCAAAUUACCCGAAUUGCACAAGCAAAGUGAAAACGAUGAAGAUGAAAUUUUAGAAUAUUUUUCAAAUCUGGAUAUAUUCUUGAAAAACAUAGUAGAAGCUGAAGUUCACGAAUUAUUCCAUCGUAAACUAAGAGAUCGCACUUUACUUAAAGAUCCGAACUUUAAAUGGUGUAUACAGUGUUCAUCGGGAUUUUUCGCACGACCUAAACAGAAACGUUUAAUAUGCCCUGACUGCGGAUCGGUAACAUGCGCUCAAUGUCGGAAGUUGUGGCAGAAACAACACGAAAAUAUAACUUGUGAGCAAUUUUUGGAAUGGCAAAAAUCCAAUGAUCCUGAUGUACAAACUCUAGGUGUGCAAAGACAUCUGGAACAAAACGGCAUUGAUUGCCCAAAGUGUAAAUUUCGUUAUUCAUUAGCCAGAGGAGGCUGCAUGCAUUUUACUUGUACUCAAUGCAAAUAUGAAUUCUGCUAUGGUUGUGCCAGGCCGUUUAUGAUGGGAGCCAAGUGCAAUAUUUCCCCCUAUUGUGCCAAAUUGGGUUUGCAUGCUCAUCAUCCGCGUAAUUGUCUUUUCUAUUUGCGUGAUAAGCUACCCAUACAAUUACAAAUUCUAUUGAAAAAUCAUGGCGUCAACUAUGAAGAGGAUCCUAUUGAUACAUUCAUAGAAAGCAAUGCUAUAAGUAAAGCGAUGCCGUUACGAUGUCCUAUACCUAUACAAAAAGAAACACCAACCGGUUUAGUGGACACUAAGUGUAAUAAUGACGUUCCUGAAAAACAUGGGGGCAUGUGCCGCACACACUACGUGGAAUACUUAACGGCGAAAGUUGCCAAAGCCAAUAUCGAUCCUUUACCAAUUUUCGAUUUAACGGAUUGUGUUCAAGAACUACGGAGACGUGGUAUUUCCUUACCCGAACGCGGACCGUGGGAUACUGAUGAGAUUUAUAAAAAUAUGUGUGCAGAGGUUAUCAAACAAAAUAUACCAUUGGAUGCUGUUUAGAAUUAAUAUGGAUCAAGAACUAUCACUUUUUUUACUACUACGUCAAAAUCCAUUUUUGUUUUUUUUGUUUUUUUUCUGUUGUGUUUUUUUUUUUAAUGUAUAGUUUAUAGUAAAACUUUCUAUGUUUGCCACAAUAUGUACUUUGUCUGUUCAAAAUUGUUGAGACUAAUGUGUUUGAUAUAAAUAAAACGAACAAAAAGUAUUUCACAUAAAUCACAUUUAAAAACGA